UGCUGGCGCGUGGGCGGCGGAGGGAAAGGCUUUGGCGCGCUGAGCGGCAGCAGGAACACACAGGCAGACAUGGAGGUGGACAUGACCGAGGCGGAGACCGAGCCCAGAGCCGCGGCAGGCAGGCAGGACGGCGGCGGCGAGGCGCCAGAAGCUCCGGGGAAAAGCUCCGGCGGCGCCUACGAGCUGCCGUGGAUCGAGAAGUACCGGCCCCAGCGGCUGAGCGAGAUCGUGGGGAACGAGGAGACGGUGAGCCGCCUGGAGGUGUUCGCCCGGGAGGGGAACGUCCCCAACAUCAUCAUCUCAGGUCCUCCCGGCACAGGAAAAACCACCAGCAUCCUGUGUUUGGCCCGGGCUCUGCUGGGAGCCUCCAUGAAGGACGCGGUGCUGGAGCUGAACGCCUCCAACGACAGAGGAAUCGACGUGGUGAGGAACAAGAUCAAGAUGUUCGCCCAGCAGAAGGUCACUCUGCCCAAAGGACGGCACAAGAUCAUCAUCCUGGACGAGGCCGACAGCAUGACGGACGGCGCCCAGCAGGCCCUCAGGAGGAUCAUGGAGAUCUACUCGAAGACGACGCGCUUCGCUCUGGCCUGCAACGCCUCCGACAAGAUCAUCGAGCCGAUCCAGUCGCGCUGCGCCGUGCUGCGCUACUCCAAGCUGAGCGACGGGCAGAUCCUGGCCCGGCUGCAGGAGGUGGCCGAGCGGGAGCGGCUGGCGGUGUCCAGCGACGGGCUGGAGGCCGUCAUCUUCACCGCGCAGGGAGACAUGAGACAGGCCCUGAACAACCUGCAGUCCACACACUCCGGCUUCGGCUACAUCAACAGCGAGAACGUCUUCAAGGUGUGUGACGAGCCGCACCCCCUGCUGGUGAAAAGCAUGCUGGGAAAGUGCGUGGAGGGCCACAUCGACGAGGCAUACCGGGUGGUGGAGCAGCUGUGGGCGCUGGGCUACUCCCCCGAGGACAUCAUCGGCAACAUCUUCAGGGUCUGCAAGACCUACCAGAUGCCCGAGUACCUGAAGCUGGAGUUCAUCAAGGAGAUCGGCUACACACACAUGAAGGUGGCGGAGGGCGUGGGCUCCCUGCUGCAGAUGGCCGGCCUGAUUGCUCGACUCUGCAGCAAGACAGCGCCCCCUGCUGCCAGCUGAACCCCAACACCGCCGCACCGCCGCCCCUCACUGUGAUCUCCAGUGGGAGACGAGUGUGUCCGCUCGGUCCUCAACACUCAGAUCUAAUGUUAUGUUUGCCCUCCACGUGUCACUCUGUAAAUAAACCCCGUCCUGUAGACUCGC